UGUAAAAUCCCCAAAACCCCCAACUCCCAGCUUGCUCCGUACAGUUCGCCGUGGACAUGGAGAUCGAUCAUCCAGCGCCGUCCGAGCAGAAACUCAAAGCCGAAGACCUCUUCAAAGCCGCCGAGACCGGAGAUUCUUCGGCUCUCAAAUCUCUCUCUCAGAAACAGCUCGCCGAAGCUUUCUCUCUCAGGAACGAGGACGCCCGCUCCAUCCUCCACGUCGCCGUCUCCUCGGGCCGCUCCGAGGUGGUGAAGUUGCUGAUUGCUGCCGAUGAAUCAACGAGUGUGAUAAACAGCACGGAUGAAGACGGAUGGGCGCCGCUUCAUUCUGCGGCCAGCAUUGGGAAUUCGGAAAUAGUUGAGCUGUUGCUAAGCAAAGGAGCUGAUGUUAAUAUAAAAAACAAUGGCGGUCGAUCUGCCCUUCAUUAUGCUGCCAGUAAGGGAUGGUUUGAGAUUACUCAGUGUUUGAUCUCCCAUGGGGCAAAUAUUAAUCUGAAGGACAAGGUUGGUUGCACCCCAUUGCACCGGGCAGCGAGCACUGCAAAAUCAGAACUGUGUGAGCUUUUAGUUGAGGAAGGAGCAGAAGUUGAUGCUGUUGAUAAAGCUGGUCAGACUCCUCUCAUGGGUGCGGUGAUUUGCGAUAACAAAGAGGUUUCUCUCCUUCUAAUAAGGCACGGAGCAGACGUGGACGUGGAAGACAAGGAAGGAUUCACGGUGCUUGGUCGAGCUUCUAAAGAAUUUAGACCACUUUUGAUCGACGCUGCUAAGGCCAUGAUUGAAGGAUGAUUUUCUCGACUGGCUUUGUUUUAGGUGCAAACAAACUGCACGAGUGACCAUUAGAAACAAAGAGAGAAUAGGAGAGUUUCGUGUAAUUAACCAAAGGAUUUGUUGCAGGCUAUCGUCAAUUUCAGUUUAUUUCACUAUUUCUUCCA